AUACGUUUUAUAUCAUGCAUCAUUUCGUUGCUUUUCUCUUCUCAUGCAGUAUACGGAAGGCGAUGUUUUCUCCGGCAACGUGAAUUCUGUUUUCAUUUAUUGGUCUCGUGUGAAUAAGUAGUAACAAUGAAUCGUAGACAGGUAGUAGUUAUAGCUGUGGUUGCUGUGGUGGUGGUGCUUGGUAUAGGUAUCGGUAUCGGGGUACUUAUUGAAAGAGAGAGGGCAGUAAACCCAGAGGCACGACAAGCAGAUGAAGCAAUGAGUGAUCGAAUAAUGAACGAGAUUAACUUGGAUAAUAUCCGGACAAAUUUAAAAACUCUUACUGCAAAACCACACGUUGCAGGUACAGCGGCCGAUUUGUCUGGGGCCGAGUUUAUACAACAGACCUGGUUAGACCAGGGCCUCGACAUUGUCAACAUUUUACCAUACAAUGUACUGCUUCAGCACCCACCACCCCCUACAUCACCAGACAGGAACAAGGUGGAAAUAUACAAUCCAAGCGAUCCGUCUAAUCCUUUAUUUGUGUCGGCUGCUCUAGAAGAUGCCUUUGGAGAAGAAGACCUAUUACAAGAUGAUAUUAUGCCGCCCUACUUUGCAUAUUCAGCAGCAGGAGAUAUUCAUGGCGACUUGGUGUAUGUUAACUAUUGCUCCAUGAAUGAUCUUGAAUACGUAAACAAUACACUUGGAAUUAUUCUUCAAGACAAGAUUUUAAUCGCAAAAUUCUCCAGAUUAGGGCGCGCUAAAAAGGCGUAUAAUGCAGAAUACUACGGUGCAAAGGGACUUAUCAUUUAUCCCGAUCCUGAUCCUGAAGACCAUUAUUUCAAUGAGAAGCCAUAUCCAGACGGCAUCUUUAUGCCAAGUAGCGGAACUUCAAGAGGGUCACUUUUGAUUAAAACUGGCGAUCCGUUAACCCCCGGAUAUCCGGCGAAAGAAUAUGCUUACCGUUUAAAGCCAGAAGAAGUAGGACUGCCUAAGAUAUUAGUUUAUCCGAUUGGAUUCGGAGACGCAGAGCAAUUAUUAAGUAAAAUGAAGGGCAAAGAAAAACCAACGUGGUGGAGUGGUGGUCUUAACAUCACUUACAAAAUAGGUCCGGGUUUUGCUGCACCUUACAAUAACUUUCGAGUACGUAUUCUCAUCAACUCAAAGUUAAUCCGGAAGUGGACUUACAAUGUCGUAGGCUACAUCAGGGGCGAAGUGGAACCAGAUCGAUACGUAUUGAUUGGCAAUCAUCGUGAUUCCUGGGUGCUGGGUUCUGUGGAUGCCAAGAGUGGAACGGCUUGUCUUUUGGAAAUAUCCCGAGUAUUUGGAAAAUUGAAAAAAGAAGGAUGGCGCCCUCGCCGCACCCUCAUCUUUGGCAGUUGGGGAGCAGAGGAGUUUGCUAUAAUUGGUUCUACCGAAUACACGGAGGAGUUUUAUAUGAAUCUAGUCGAGCGUGCAGUUGUAUAUCUCAACUUGGAUAUAGCUGUAGCAGGCGACUACGUUUUAAUGCCCUCUGCAUCGCCUCAUCUGGUCGAAUUGGUUUUAGAAGCAUCGAAAAAGGUUCCUGAUCCACGCCCAUCUACAAGUCGUAAAACGUUGUAUGACACGAUGAAGGCCAGGAAUCCAGAAAAUUAUUCAAAUCCAGAAAGCCUGCCUUAUGUACCAAUGGUAUCUCCUGGAAGUGAUCACCAGGCGUUUAUGUAUGAUGUUGGUGUUUCGUGUAUUAGUGCUUUCUACUUCAUGAAUUUCAACGAAGUCUGGCAAUCGUUUUAUCCACUAUAUCACACAUCAUACGAAACAUUUCGAUUAAUGGAUGAGAUAAUUGAUCCGGGUUUUAAAACACACCUUGCUGUCGCACAAUUUUUUGCUGAAAUGCUACGCCGACUUAGUGACGAGUAUAUUUUACCAAUGAACGUUGAAUUGUACGCCGAUUAUAUUCAUAGUCAGCUUCAACAAUUUGCAUACUACUCACCACCGAAUAUUACUGAAAAGCUCGCAGACCAUGGAAUGACAUUAGAUUUUCUUCAAGAUGCUAUAUCUAACUUUUCAUCCGCGGCAGCACAUUUCCGUGACAGUUUAGCAAAAAUAGAUAAAGCAAAAGUAUUGGAUGUACGGAGGAUCAAUGACCAAAUGAUGUUACUCGAUCGAGCUUUCAUGAACCGAGAGGAGUUGCCAAGACUGAAAGAUCGUCAAGGAAUACAAAGGAACGUUCUAUUCUCAUCGAUAGGCCUUGGGCCGUUCCCAGGACUGCUGGCUGCUUUGCAAUUAAAGGACGAGGAACAACGCUGGAGAUCUGUUGAGAAACAACUGGCUGUACUUACUAAUAGUAUUCAAUCAGCGGCUACUACAUUAGUAGACGUCACAUCCUGGUAAAAAAAAUAAAUAAAUAAAAAUAUGUCUUUAGUGUGGUUGACAACAACAUAAUCACUAAGGUUAUUUGCAUUUAGGCAUAACACUUGAAAUAUGAAUUUAUGUUUAUUCUCUCACGGGUUACCAUCAUAUUAAUUUUGGGCCUACAAAUUCUUUAUGUUAAAUACUUAGAGCUUUGUAAUAUUGAUGUAUAUGAUUUGUAACAUUAAAAUACAAAAUACAAUUAUAUAAUAAGGGCCUAAAGAUAUUAAAAUAAAAUAAAUGUUACCAGGUUGUUUCGGAGUGUGUAGCUUGAUUUGCGUUAAUGGUUGGAUCACUCAAUUUAAAUGAAAACACGUUUUGAAGCAUGCUAAAAUCACUGUCUCAUAGUCGAUUCAAUCAUUGAAUUUAGACUCGCACUAACGCACGCACGCAAAGGAGCCAAGAU